UCUGGACCGUUCACUUCACUUCAUCUAUACCCAAACAAAACAAAGAAAGGAAAAAAACCCUAAACUCAAAAACACAUUACGCAGCUCUCAUCUCACACUCUCUCUCGUUUUUCAGUCUCUCACUCUCAUCUCACUCUCAUCUGAUCAGUCUCUCAUACUCACUCUCUCACUCUCAUCUCAUCACUCAUCUCGGCCGAUCAACCUCGCAAGAGAUCGACUCUCACUCAUCGCAAGAUUGACCGAUCGACCUCAUACUCUCAUCGCACCGAUCGACCUCCCAGUGUUGGUUAAACGUUUGGAUGGCAUAUUUGGGAUGUACACAGAUGAUUAUCUCAACCGUUGCAAGGUCAAAUGCCAUGAUGGGGAUUUCAAAGUUCCUAUGACAUGGUCACUCUCUUCUGGUCUUAUUCAAUAUAAGAAUCUCAGUGAGACCGAAAAUGGGAAAGCUUUAAUAAAUGAUGCCUCUUUGAUUGGCAAAGGCUAUGUUGAGGAUGCAAAGGUGAGUGAGAGUUUGUUACUGAUGAAAUUCUACUCGUUGUCAAUUGGGGCGGUCAGCCACCUACUAUCUGGCUGCAAUGGUAAAGAACUGUGUCUUCCUUUCGAAUUAACAAACCAAGAGAAAGAGAUAAUUCAUUUCAACAGAAGCACCUUUAUACUUGGAAGGUCAGGCACUGGGAAGACCACUGUUUUGACCAUGAAAUUAUUUCAGAAUGAGCAACUGUAUCAUUUAGCAUCUGAGGGUUAUCAUCAAGUUCAGAGUAAUCUAUCCACUGAUGAUAGCUGGAGGCACCAGGAGGAUAGUAGUGAGACUAAUCAGAUUCAGGAGGCUAAAAGAGAUAUCUUGCACCAAAUUUUUGUCACAGUGAGUCCAAAAUUGUGCUUUGCUGUAAAACAACAUGUUUCUCAGUUGAAAAGGUACUGCUGGUUGGUUCUAUUUUUGUUGUUUUAGGGCUAGAUGUAUUUA